GUUUAGCAGACGUUGCUGUGGACGGAGAGACGGGGACGUGAGUGGCCAUUGAGGGCGGCCAGGGUGCCGGGUUUAGGAGCCGUUGCUGUGGACGGAGAGACGGGGACGUGAGCGGCCAUUGAGGGCGGCCAGGGUGCCGGUGAGCCCCCCCCCCCCAUCUGCUCGGUGUGCGGGUUGAGCUUCGAGGGGCUGAGCAUCGAUGGAGGACCACAUGACGGGACACAACAAGGAGAAGCGUUAUGAGUGCGACGUGUGUGGCAAGGCCUACCAGAAGCCGAGCCGGCUGGAGGCCCACCGGCGGGUGCACACGGGAGAACGCCCCUUCGACUGCUCGGAGUGCGGCAUGAGCUUCACUCGCUACGACAAACUGCUGCAGCACAACCGCGUGCACUCCGUGCGAGAGGCCCUUCACCUGCCCCGAUUGUGGCAUGAGCUUCAAGACGACAAAUGACCUGAAGGCC